AUGCCUGAGCUGAGGGCGGAUCAUCUGGCGGUCCGCAAAUUUGCCUCACGCCAAGCAGAGAUGCACGUGAUAAUCCUGCACGUGAAAGAGCUUUUGGGCUGGGGUGCUAGCCCAGCCGUUCCCGCGAUGGCGGGGUAUCGCCGAAUGCCACCAGCUAAAUGCGAUACGAACAGACCCUACGAGUCAGAAGCUAAGCUGUGGCUCCAGGGCGCUGGAUAUAAAAUGGCGUCAGGCCCGUUGGGGUCUCGUCCGCACAAGAAAUCUGUCCAAGAGCUGGACCGUAUUAUUCGGAGGCUCAAUGAUACCUUUGCGCUGCAGCUCAGCAAGCCCGAUGUGACGCUCUCGCCUCGCAAGUUUCGAGAGCGCUAUCGAAGUGAUGAAGAGGCUCGAGUUGAGGAUAUAUACCGGAAAAUCCAGCAAUUGUACUACACAGGAGAUGAUCGGCUAGCCGCAUAUAUCGGGCAUUUCGAGCAGCGUGGACGCAUCAUCUUGUCUGAGUCUGCGUCACGGAGUCCCGGUAACUGCACACCUGCAGCAAAUCGAACGCUGCUUCAGAAAUGUUUGCUAGAUAUCCUCUGCGAAGUAGAUGACCCAGAAUCGAGGCCAUGGACCAAGAGAGAAUCCGAGGUCAUACAGGAGGUUUCUCCAAAACGGGCCAGAGGCCAUCUAUACGAGCAUCAUGAUGCCGUGGACGCCCUUCCAGUUCGCUCUAGGGAGUCGUUUGCGAAUAUUAGCACGGUGGUUGCCUCCGGGAGCCGCUCUGUGAGUCGCUCUCGAGGAGAAGCUUUUCGGCCAUCUUCUCAGCAGAGGUCCUUUGAUCGGACAUUUCUCUCGACUCGAACAUCAUUUCAUUCUGAAGUGUUUUCAACCCAAGCGCAAAAUGUGUCUUUUAUUAGUCAAACAUCUGUUGGCUCUGAAUUGCCGAGUCGUUCAAAUAACUACCCAUACUCACAAACCACAGUAGCCGACUCUUCCUCAGAAGCGACUGGAUCAAGUGAAGAUGAAAUACCGAAAAGAUUUUCUGACUUCUCUCUUCGCGAGGAAGAAAGACCCAGUGGCCGGUCCCAGUACCCGAACAGUUCGCAGUCUCAGAUUCCUGCGUCUUCAUCAAGUCAAUUACGUCAAAAUAGCAGUGAUUGCAAUGGCAAACCCUUGGAAGAAAGGUUUGCUAAAAUUUGGCCCAAAUUACCUCAUCCUGAAUUAACUGAAGCACCCCUCGCUGUCAUCUGGGAGAUUACCAGAGCUGCUCUUCACUGCAACGUUUCACUGGAUCGAUUCGAUAUAUUGUAUCAACCGAGCGACAAAUGGCACGAUCAGCACAGUCUGAGAGAUACAAUCUCCAAGCACCCUCUCUUCCACGGCAAAAGCUUACCUCCACCUAGCGACUCGGCUUCGUGGGAAACGGCAUUAGGCACAUUCCAAACCAAAGUGAAGACGAUAGUGCUCUCGGCAGAACUGGUUUAUAACCAGGAUGAAACUGGUCCACUGUAUAUUCUUCGCCUGAAUCCUUUAAAGCUCGAUGUAGGCCAUCGUCUGGCGCGUCGAUUCGGUGCCGACCGCUUCCUCGAGAUAAUUUUUCCACCACCGUCUGCAUCAACGGAUGGCAAACCAAAGAUCAUCGACGACGAUAAAGAUAGCCUUAAAAAGAUUGUAGACUGGCUCAUUAGAUCUUGUCAUUAUUUCCUUGGACGAUUUUGGAGACCAUACUUUGUUCGCCCCGCAAAACCAAAUAAAGGUUCGGUGACGAGCAAAGGCCCCCCUUCCGCGAGAUUAUAUCUUUUUGCUUAUGACGGCGAUUUUUUUCGUCCCCCCAACACUGCAGAUGGUAUUCCGCUGCUGCAGGAAGCACAUGAGAUUGACAAUCGCAAAAAGAUGAGGCUUAGUGAUCUGCUGCGAUGGGCGGUUAACAUCGAUGACAUACGGAAUAGGGAACAGCCUAUUACUAAAUUGUUCUCUCGUUUAACACUAAGUCUGAGUCGAACCUGGCCCACUGUUGAACUCGAACGGCAUCAGAUUCGCAUCCGACCCAAGGACUUGGGGACCGGUAAGAUGGUGAUGAAUGAUGGAAUUGGCCGCAUCUCGCCAAGCCUGGCUAAGAAAGUCGCCGAGUUGCUUGGGCUGACGGAUUGCCCGAGCUGCUUCCAAGGCCGAUUAGGAAGUGCAAAGGGCAUGUGGCUGAUUGAUGUUGACAGCGAAGGCGAUUUUGAGGAAGACUUUGAAACAGAUUGGAUCGAAAUAUAUCCGUCACAAAGAAAAUGGGAAUGCGAUUUCAAAGAUGUGCACCACCGAACUUUUGAGAUACAUAACUGGCCUGCAGAGCUGAGAUCGGCUUCUUUAAAUCAACAAUUCAUCCCGGUGCUGGAAGCGCGGGCAAAGGACUCGGGGUUAAUGCGGCGGGUAAUGUCUUCGCACUUACAGAGAGCCCUGAACGCCGAACUUGGAGAGCAAACGGAUGCGAUGAAAGACACCAUGAGUCUUCGAUUAUGGAUUCAUCAAUCCGGACCAUCAAGGAACGAUCGGCUGUUGGAUGGGUCUGCAAAAUUUCUAGGUGGUCUGCCCAAUGAUAGUGCCGAUAAAGUGGCUUUUCUGCUUGACUCUGGGUUCGACCAGAAGAGGUUGAAGUACCUGAAGGAUGCUGUUUUGGGCAUCUACCAGAAGAAGGCUGAUACUCUGAAGACCAAGAUGAACAUCACCAUUCCCUGUUCGGCGUACGUCUACAUGGCUGCUGACUUCUCAUCUACUCUCGAGGAAGGAGAAGUACAUCUUUCCUUUUCCACAAAAUUCCAGGUUGAAGGAUUCUCAGACACGCUGCUGGAGCAGAUGGAUAUUUUGGUAGCGAGAGCCCCAGCCCAUUUACCGAGUGAUAUCCAGAGAGUCAGAGUAGUAUCUCGACCUGAGCUUCGAAAACUGAAAGAUGUCAUAAUAUUUUCAACAAAGGGAUCUGUUCCUCUUGCCGACAAGUUGUCGGGCGGCGAUUACGACGGCGACAUGGCGUGGGUAUGCUGGGAUCAAAGCAUUGUGCAGAAUUUUGAGAAUGCUUCCGUACCAGAGCAGAUGGAUUUCAUUAAAGCUGGAUAUCUACGCAAAAAUACUACAAAAUUUACGAAUUUAUUCGACACUGUAGCAAAUGGCGACUACAAUCAGAACGCACACAACACAUCUAAGCGCCUCGAAGAUGCUUGUUUGGAAUUUAUAUCUCAGGCGUUUUUGUUUAAUCUACAACCUUCAUUCUUGGGCCGAUGUACAAAGUAUAAAGAAAGGCUCUGCUACAUGCGGAAUUCGGUUCAAGACAAACAUGCUAUUCAUUUAAGCCAAUUGCUUGGCUACUUGGUUGAUCAAAGCAAGCAGGGCAUUGAGUUUACCGAUGAAGACUGGAAGCGAUUCGUCAAAACACAGCUUGGAAUGAAGACUCUGUUUCUCGAUGAUCCUGAAUAUUCGAAAGAAAAUGGGGAGAGGCCUCGUGUCAAAGGCCGGUUGCAUAUUCUUGAUUACCUGAAGUUUGAUGUUGCGAAGCAGGUGAUUGAGCAUGUCUUGACAGAGCUGACCAAGGAAACCAAUACCUAUGGCGCAAUCAACUUUGACGGAGACCUUGUCAAGCUGUACAACAAGUAUGAAGAAAAAGCGAGCGGGAAAGAUGAAGACGCUUCAUACUGCAUACAGCUGCGAACGCAUCUCCAAGAUGAGAUUGAGGCACUUCGGGACGAGUGGACUGUCAGAAUGCAGAAGGGGGGCAAAGGAGCAGAAACCUAUCCGACUAAAGUAGAGGCUUUAUAUCAGAAAUGGCUCGAUAUCAAACCUCCACAAGAGCUACUCGCAAGCGGCCGCUUUCCAGAGCUACUGCCUGACCCUACCAGAGACUCUGCAACAAGUGGCUGGGAGCUCCUCAAGGCUUCAACUACCUUCAAAAGAUAUGACAACUCUUCAUUUGCUUGGAUGAUGGCUGGCAAGCAACUAGCCUACCUCAAAGCGAUGGCGCAUCGCGCUCCUGGAGAAACGUCCAAGGUGUUGAUGAUACCCGAGAUGUGGGGUAUCUUGCGGCCGGACAAGAAAUUGAUCAUGUCUCUUUCUGCGCAGCGAGAGGCUGCUCGGGAUUCGGAGAGUGCACUGGCUCUCGAAGAGGUAUAUGAGUAUGACGAUAAUGGUACUGUUAUUGACGAUGCCUGA